AUGGCCUGUACAGUGGUAGCAGUUGGAUUGACUGUUGCUACUGCAGGAUUUGCAGAGCAUUAUGUUUUGCAAGCCAUAAAACAAAUGGAGCCUCAAAUAAAACAAGUUUUUCAAAAUCUAUCAAAAUCUGCCUUCAGUGAUGGCUAUGAUAGAGAUGCAUUUGAACCCAAAAUGACAAAACAAGAAGCAGCAUUGAUACUAGACAUAAGCCUUACAGCCAAUAAAGGAAAAAUAGAAGAUGUUCAUUGAUGAAUUAUGCUUUUAAGUCACCCAGAAAAGGGAGGAUCUCCUUAUAUAGCAGCCAAAAUCACUGAAGCUAAAGAUUUACCCAAAGGCCAAGCUAAAAAAUGA